AUGCGUGCAUCCCACUUCAUACGUGGGCUCUACUCUGCCACCGCCGCCUUGGCAAUGCCAUCGCAUGCACGGCAGGGGUCCUCACUUCCCCUGCCGACCAAAACCAUCUUCCAAUUCCCGUCCCCGGGGCACUGGGCCGAGAACAUUGCCGUGCGCGAGAACGGUAACCUCCUGGUCACCCUGCUCCUGCCGGCUGCCGAGCUGUGGGAGAUCGCUGCCCCGUACUCGGCUGCGCCAAGGGCCGGGUUGGUCUACUCCUUCCCCAACCUAACGGGCCUCGUGGGUAUCACGGAGACAGCCCCGGAUACGUUUGUCGUGGCCGGGUCCAACUUGGCCAACGUGUCGGAUAUCCGCUCGGCGGUCUGGGAAGUCAGGUUUGACGGCGACCAGGCCACCCCGCGGAAAAUCGCCGACCUCUCCGGCACCGGGGUGCUGAACGGCGUCGCUGCGGUUCCCGGCUGCGGCAAGUCAGAGCCCUCUGCCGUGCUCGUGGCCGACUCGAUCAAGGGUCGGGUCUACCGCGUGGACACCAAAAUGAACAGCUGGGAGACUGCGAUAAGUGUGCCUGAGAUGGCCCCUGUCCGCACGGUCGGCAUCAACGGGAUCAAGAUUCGGGAAGGUUAUCUGUAUUUCGACAACAGCGAGACCACAUCGUUUUACAAGAUCAAGAUCACCUCUACCGGCUUCGCCGCGGAAGGCGCAAGUGCGGAGCUGGUGGCCAAGGUGGAUGGCGAGCCGUUCCUGGAUGACUUUAGCAUCGGUGCCGAUGGCGCGAUCUGGGCAGCCUCAAACCGUGGCUACACGGUGCGCCGCAUCAAUGUCAGCAGCGGCAGUAGCGUCGUCGUGGCAGGCUCGGCGACCAGCACGACACUCCUGGGAGACACGGCGACGGCCUUCGGGAGGGCCGAGUCGGAUCAGGCCAUCCUUUAUGUCACCACAAGUGGCUUCAACGCCACGAACGUCCCCUUGGAGGCGGGCAAGAUUGUCGCUAUAGAUACGUCUCAUUUUGUAUAG